AUGGUGCAGUGGGUCUACAACUUCGGUGCCGGUGCGGCAGAUGGCCGUGCAGAGAUGAAGAACCUGCUGGGCGGCAAGGGCGCGAACUUGGCGGAGAUGGCGAGCAUUGGCCUCCCGGUGCCGCCUGGCUUCACCUUGACCACGGAGGUGUGCACCCGCUUCUACGAGGACAAGUGCACGUACCCGACGGAGUUGAAGGGCCAGGUGGCGAAAGCCCUGGCGCUGGUGGAGGAGCGCUCGGGCCAGAAGUUCGGAGAUGCGACCAAUCCCCUGCUGUUGUCGGUGCGCUCGGGCGCUCGAGCGUCCAUGCCAGGCAUGAUGGACACGGUGCUGAACCUGGGUCUCAACGACUGGACGGUGGCGGCCUUGGCCAAGCGGUCUGGGGACCGGCGCUUUGCCUACGACAGCUACCGGCGCUUCGUGCAGAUGUACUCGGAUGUGGUGCUGGGCAUUGAGCUCAGCCACUUCGAGAAGCUCCUGGAGCGCGCGAAGCAGCGGCGGGGCGUGAAGCAGGACCACGAGCUGGUGGCAGAGGAUUUGGAGAAGCUGGUGAUGGACUACAAGGCCCGUGUGCAUGUGGAGAUAGGCAUGGACUUCCCCGAGGACCCUCACGAGCAGCUCUGGGGCGCCGUCGGUGCUGUUUUCAACUCCUGGAUGAACCAACGUGCCAAGACCUACCGGCAGCUGCACGACAUCCCGGAGAGUUGGGGCACUGCGGUGAAUGUGCAGGCCAUGGUCUUCGGGAAUAUGGGCAGCGACUGCGCCACCGGCGUCGCCUUUACCCGGAACCCCUCCAACGGCGCCAACGACUUCUACGGCGAGUUCCUUGUGAAUGCCCAGGGCGAAGACGUGGUGGCUGGCAUCCGGACCCCACAGGAGCUGACCAUCAAGGCCCGCAAGUCUCAUGGGUCCGAUUUGCCAAGCCUGGAAGAAGUCAUGCCCAACAUCUUCCGCGAGCUUUGCACCAUGCGCCAGCAACUGGAGACGCACUACAAAGACAUGCAGGACGAGGGGACGAACUAG